CCCCGCCCUCGGAUGCAGCGGGCGGUUGCCAUGGCAACGCAUCACAGGUGAGAUCCCAAUAUCCCAGCUGGAAUUCCACGAUGGCGUCGCCGGCCGUCAGCCCCGAUUCCUCUUCCCAUGAGGGCCUCUCCUCCAUCCACUCGGCUCCCGCUUGUUCUCCCACUUCCGACUCGGAAAACCUCAGUCCCGAUGAGCUGGAGCUGUUGGCAAAGCUGGAGGAGCAGAACCGGCUCCUGGAAGCCGACUCCAAAUCCCUGCGCUCCAUGAACGGCUCCCGUCGGAACAGCGGCUCCUCGCUGGUCUCCAGCUCCUCGGCCUCCUCCAACCUCAGCCACCUGGAAGAGGACACGUGGAUCCUGUGGGGCCGCGUCGUCAACGAGUGGGACGAGUGGCGGAGGAAGAAGGAGAAGCUGCUGAAGGAGCUCAUCCGUAAAGGGAUUCCCCAUCACUUCCGAGCCAUCGUCUGGCAGCUCCUGUGCAGCGCCACCGAGAUGCCCGUCAAGAAGCAGUACUCGGAGCUGCUCAAGAUGUCCUCGCCGUGCGAGAAGCUCAUCCGCCGCGAUAUCGCCCGCACCUACCCGGAGCACGAGUUCUUCAAGGGCCAGGACAGCCUGGGCCAGGAAGUGCUCUUCAAUGUCAUGAAGGCCUAUUCCCUGGUGGACCGCGAGGUCGGCUACUGCCAGGGCAGCGCCUUCAUCGUGGGACUGCUGCUCAUGCAGAUGCCUGAGGAAGAGGCCUUCUGCGUGUUCGUGAGGCUGAUGCAGGAAUACCGGCUCCGGGAGCUCUUCAAGCCCAGCAUGGCCGAGCUGGGGCUCUGCAUCUUCCAGUUCGAGUCCCUGCUGCAGGAGCAGCUGCCGGAGCUGAACACCCACUUCCGCUCCCAGAGCUUCCUCACUUCCAUGUACGCUUCCUCCUGGUUCCUCACCCUCUUCCUCACCACCUUCCCUUUGCCCGUGGCCACGCGCGUCUUCGACAUCUUCAUGGACGAGGGGCUGGAGAUCGUCUUCCGUGUGGGAAUGGCGCUGCUGCAGUUCAACCAAGCCGAGCUGGUCCAGUUGGACAUGGAGGGAAUGUCCCAGUACUUCCAGAAGGUGAUCCCGCACCAGUUCGACAGUUGUCCGGAUAAGCUCAUCCUUAGGGCAUUCCAGGUCAAAUACAAUGCCAAGAAGAUGAAGAGGCUGGAGAAGGAAUACGCCAGCAUCAAGAACAAGGAGAUGGAGGAGCAGAUCGAGAUCAAGCGCCUGCGCACGGAGAAUCGGCUCCUGAAGCAGCGCAUCGAGACCCUGGAGAAGGAGAGCGCGGCUCUCGCCGACCGCCUCAUCCAGGGUCAGGUGACGCGGGCGCAGGAGGCAGAGGAGAAUUACAUCAUCAAGCGGGAGCUGGCCGUGGUGCGGCAGCGCUGCAGCAGCGCCACCGAGAGCCUGCAGCGCGCCCAGAGCACCAUCCAGCAGCUGCAGCACCAGCAGGGGAACCCACGGCUGAGCGAGGCCUUCGUGACGCAGCUCGAGGCGGAGCUGGAGCAGUCGCGGCUCCGGGAGAGCCAGACCCGAGGAGCCCUCAAGGAGAUGCAGGACCGGGUCCUCCACAUGGAGCAGGAGCCCAAGGCGCUGCAGGAGGCGCAGGUGGAGCUGCGGGAGCUGCGGCAGCGGGUGCUGCACCUCGAGAGCCAGGGUGCUCUGCAGCCACUGGAGGUUCAGCACCGGCACCAGGAGCUGCAGAGCCAGAGCCUGCAGCAGGGGCUGCAAGAAGGGAGCAACGCGGCGGCAAUGGAGGAGCUGCGGCAACGAGUGAGAGAGCUGGAACUGCAGCAGGAGCAGCGGCUGCUCCAGGGGCAGCUCAAGCGCUCGGAAGCGGCUCAGAGCAUCCGGCACCUGCAGGAGCACAUCCGGGAGCUCAAGGCUGAGAUCCGGAUGCUCCGGGGGUCGCUGCCGUUCGGUGCCGUGGGGCUGGGCCCCCCCCUGGGCCCCCCCCUGGACUCCUCGGGCUCUUCCGAUGAGGAGCCCCCCCCCUUCCCCCUCCGGGCCCUCGGGCACUUGGGGGGCAGCAGCGACAGCGACCACGAGGGGGCGCCCCCCGCACCCUGAGCCCCAGAGAGGGGGUGGGGCUCCAGCCCCAUAGAGCCCGGGGGCAGCCAAUGGGGCAGCGAGGAGCACCCAUGGGUCCCGUGGCACCCAAGGAGCACCCAU